GCGCAUCAUAAUAUUGGUAAGUGUAAACGUCAUUGAUUACUUUAAAAUGUUCAUAAAAUCAUUGUUGUUUACAACAAUAAAAAUAAAAUAAAUAAAUCAAAAUUAAAUUGUUUAAUCAAAUAAUAAUUAGUUGUUGUUUUUGUUGUUGACAGAGUUGAUAAAUAAAAAUAAAAAUGGGUUCUUCGGACGACGAUAAUAAUCAUGAUCAGGACCAGGGUAUAAAUAUGACUGGAUUUUUAUUUGGUAAUAUUGACGAGAACGGUCAACUGGAGAAUGAUAUACUCGACGACGACGCUAAGCAACAUUUAGCUUCUCUAGGUCGGCUAGGAUUGAGUUCUUUGCUCCAGGAAAUGAUAUCAGCAGAUGAAAUUGAGGUAAAUAAUGAUGAAAUAGGGCAAGACCCGGUAGUAAAUGGAUUCGAUUCAGCGGGUGGUUCAUUAUUGAGUGAUGAUGACACUGACUAUGACGCUAAAUCUCCAGCGGCUUUAGAUUUUUCUGACAUAAAUGAACUAGCAGACGACUUAAAUGAAACAGCUGAUACAGAAGUAAAACUAAAAAUUGAAAAAGAAAAUGUUGAUUACGACGCCGAUGACGAGGGAGUCAAUAAAUUGGAUAAAGAAUUGAUGCCGCCACCUCCUGCGCCGUCAGAGGAAAAGGAAAAUCUUACGCCUGAGGAAGUGGAAGCUGUGCGACAAAGGAAACUCGAAACACCUUUAGCUUCAAUGUUGCCAUCAAAGUACGCGAAUGUUGAUGUUACUGAAUUAUUUCCCGACUUUAGGCCAAAUAAAGUUUUGCGUUUCUCUCGUUUGUUUGGUCCAGGUAAGCCCAGCAGUUUACCACAAAUCUGGCGGGGAGUCAGAAAGCGUCGUAAAAAGAAAAAGCACCAGGAAGUACGUGACUCUGAUUCGGGUUCGGAUCAGGAAGAACGAAGACCCAAAUUCAGAGGAUGGGUUAUGAACUACGGACCUGAGCCUACACCAGAAAUUUGUGCUUCUGAUGAUGAACUCAAGCUGCUAGCUCCGGUAGAAGAUAAAGAGCAAACAGGUAAAGUUGGUGAUACAGGUGAAAACGGUGAUAUGGGUCCGAAAGUUGCUGACUGGCGGUUUGGUCCAGCGCAAAUUUGGUAUGACAUGCUUGAAGUUCCUGAAACCGGUGAUGGAUUUAAUUAUGGUUUCAAGUUGGCGGAAAAAAAAGACAAUGAAAAUAAUAAUAAUAAUAAUAAUAAUAAUAACAAAGAUGAGUGUAGAAAAAGUGAUGAAGAAUUUGCAGAUGAUGCAUUUUUAAUGGUUUCUCAAUUACAUUGGGAAGAUGACGUCGUCUGGAACGGCGAUGAAAUAAAAAAUAAGGUAAUGCAUAAAUUAAAUAGUAAAAGUAACGCUGCUGGAUGGGUGCCGUCCAGUUGUAAUAGAACUGCUCAAGCUUUUAGUCAACCAGGUAAGGGUGGUCCAGUUCCAGCUUUACAAAAUGCUCGGCUAUCCUCAUCACAUAUGUCAACUGCAAUGCAUAUACAGCCUCAGAAAAAUAAAAUGAUGGGUAAAGGCAAUCAACAGCAACGUGAAGAUAAUUAUGAUGAUACUUGGUACUCGUUGUUUCCGGUUGAAAAUGAAGAAUUGGUUUAUGGAAUGUGGGAGGAUGAAGUCAUUUGGGAUGCUGAGAAUAUGAAAAAAAUUCCAAAACCAAAAAUAUUAACCCUCGAUCCUAAUGAUGAAAAUAUUGUAUUGGGAAUUCCUGAUGACAUUGAUCCGGCUUUGCUUCACAAAGAUCAUGGUCCUCAGCCUAAAGUUAAAAUUCCUCAUCCUCAUGUAAAGAAAAGUAAAUUAUUGUUGGGUAAAGCCGGUGUUAUUAAUGUUUUAGAGGAAGAUGCACCACCUCCACCGCCAAAGUCACCAGACCGUGAUCCAUUUAAUAUAUCAAAUGAUAUAUUUUACAUGCCAAGAUCCUCAGAGACAACUUUAAGGCUGAAAGUUGGCGGUGGAAAUUUGAUACAACACAGUACACCGGUCGUUGAGUUAAGAGCACCAUUUAUUCAAACUCAUAUGGGUCCAAUGCGACUUAGAAGUUUCCACAGACCCGCAUUGAGACGAUACAGUCAUGGUCAAUUGGCUCAUCCGGGUCCACAUUCUGUUUCACCAUUACUCAAGCAUAUAAAGAAAAAGGCCAAGCAACGUGAACAAGAAAGAAUAGCUUCUGGUGGUGGUGAUGUAUUUUUCAUGCGAACUCCGGAAGAUCUUACGGGUAAAGACGGUGAGAUAAUACUUGUUGAGUUCUCAGAAGAACAUCCACCGUUGAUGAAUCAAGUUGGUAUGUGUUCCAAGAUGAAGAAUUAUUACAAAAGAAAAGCUGGAAAAGAUUCUGGACCACCUGAAUAUAAAUACGGUGAAACUGCAUACGCUCAUACAAGUCCUUUCCUUGGUAUACUAGUUCCAGGACAAAGUAUCCAAGCUAUUGAAAAUAAUAUGUAUCGUGCACCUAUUUACGAGCACAAAGCAUCAACUACGGAUUUUUUGGUAAUCCGUACGCGUCAGCAAUAUUCAAUACGUGAAAUUGAUGCGGUGUUUGCUGCUGGACAAGAGUGUCCACUUUAUGAAGUACCAGGGCCUAAUUCAAAACGAGCGAAUAACUUUGUACGUGAUUUUCUUCAAGUAUUUAUCUAUCGUUUGUUUUGGAAGUCACCUGAUACUCCAAGAAGAAUUAAAAUGGAUGAUAUUAAAAAGGCAUUCCCGUCACACAGUGAGAGUAGUAUAAGAAAACGUUUAAAAUUAUGUGCUGAUUUUAAAAGAACUGGUAUGGAUUCCAAUUGGUGGGUAAUAAAACCAGAUUUUAGAUUGCCAACCGAGGAAGAAAUACGUGCUAUGGUUUCGCCAGAGCAGUGUUGUGCUUAUUUUAGUAUGAUUGCUGCUGAGCAACGGUUAAAGGAUGCCGGUUAUGGUGAGAAAUUUUUAUUUACACCUCAGGAUGACGAUGACGAAGAAAUGCAGCUAAAAAUGGAUGAUGAAGUUAAAGUAGCUCCUUGGAAUACAACUCGCGCUUACAUCCAAGCUAUGAAAGGCAAGUGUUUGCUUCAAUUGGCAGGUCCAGCUGAUCCUACUGGUUGUGGUGAGGGUUUUUCUUACGUAAGAGUCCCCAACAAACCGACUAUCAGCAAAGAAGAACAGGAAGCUCAACCCAAAAGAACGGUCACUGGUACAGACGCUGAUUUAAGACGUUUGUCAUUGAAUAACGCUAAAGCGUUACUUCGUAAAUUUUGUGUACCUGAAGAAGAAAUAAAAAAAUUAUCUCGGUGGGAAGUUAUUGAUGUUGUGAGAACACUGUCGACCGAAAAAGCCAAAGCCGGUGAAGAAGGUAUGACUAAAUUUUCACGUGGUAAUAGAUUUUCAAUUGCCGAACAUCAAGAAAGAUAUAAAGAAGAAUGUCAGAGAAUUUUUGAUCUUCAAAAUCGCGUACUCGCGUCUGCUGAAGUAUUGAGUACUGAUGAGGGCGAAAGUUCUGACGAAGAUAGCUCUGAUAUCGAGGAGAUGGGUAAAAAUAUUGAGAAUAUGUUGUCCAAUAAAAAAACAAGCUCUCAAUUGUCUUUAGAGCGUGAAGAGCAGCAGCGACAUGAGUUGAGAAAAAUGCUUAUGAGUGAUUCACAAGAGCAAGAUGGUAAGAAAAAUAAAGAUAAGAAAAAAGAUGAUGAAGAGGAUAGUCGUGAUCAGAGUCAAGGGUUCAAUUCUCAACCAGGUCGUAUUUUAAAAAUUCAACGAACUUUUCGUGAUACAGACGGUAAAGAGUUUUUAAGAGAAGAGAUAGUUCGUAAACCGGCGGUAAUUGAUACCUAUAUAAAAAUAAGAAACUCCAAAGACGAAACGUUUAUCAAACAGUUUGCUACGUUAGACGAAGCCCAGAAGGAAGAGAUGAAAAGAGAAAAACGUCGAAUUCAGGAACAGUUGAGGAGGCUCAAGAGAAAUCAGGAGCGUGAAAAGUCUAUUGGUGGCCCAGCAAGUCAUUUUUCUUCUACGUCAUUGGGUAUUGAUCGUAGCAAUACAAAUACUCCGACUACCACAUCUGCCAGCAAUGUUUAUUCAUUCAGCAAUUUUCCUUCAACUACUCUUGCUUCUAAAAAUUCGAAAAAUGAUCCAUCACCAUCAAAACGUAAAAAAUCUAAACUUAAACCGGAUUUAAAAUUAAAGUGCGGUGCUUGUGGUAAUGUCGGGCACAUGAGAACCAAUAAAGCUUGUCCGCUUUAUCAAAAUAGCAUGGGAACUACUACGGCUCCAGUAAAUGUAGCUAUGACUGAAGAGCAGGAAGAAGAAAUAGAGAAACAGCUAAAUGAUGAUGAUCAAAAUCUUGUUAAUGUCGAUGGCACCAUCGUUAAACUUUCAUCCAAAGUUAUUAAGAGAGCGGAAGAGAUGAAAAAACGGACGUUACUACUUAAAUUACCAAAAGAAGCAGUUGGUGGUAGAAAGCGCCGUCGAGGUACUGGUGAUGAUCACUGUGAUUACUUGAAGAGGCACCAGAAGACAACAAAUAGAAGGCGCACUGAUCCAGUUGUUGUUUUGUCAGGAAUAUUGGAAGGUAUAUUGAAUGAAAUGAGAGAUCUGCCUGAUGUUCAACCAUUUUUGUUCCCUGUAAAUGCAAAGGCUGUUCUUGAUUAUUAUGACAUUGUAAAAGAGCCGAUGGACUUGCAAACAAUAAGGGAUAAUUUACGACAAAAGAAAUAUCAGAAUAGGGCUGAAUUUUUGGUUGACGCUAAUCGUAUCGUUGAAAAUUCAAUUCUUUACAAUGGAGAAAACAGCCCAUUGACGUUAGCAGCAAAGCGAAUGUUGGAAAUGUCUGUUAAGCGAAUAGCUGAAAAAGAAGAUAUACUUAUGAGGCUUGAAAAAAUAAUUAAUCCUCUUCUUGACGAUGACGAUCAAGUUGCUUUAUCGUUUGUCCUUGAAAACGUAAAUAGUAAACUUAAAAAAAUGAAUGAAGCUUGGCCGUUCCUCAAGCCUGUCAAUAAAAAACUUGUUAAAGAUUAUUAUACAGUUAUAAAAACUCCAAUGGAUCUUGAGACAAUAGGUAAAAAAAUAGAAGCUAAUAAAUAUCACAAUCGAAAUGAAUUUUUACGUGAUGUUGAGUUGAUAUUAGAAAACUGUGCACAAUUUAAUUCAUUUGAGUCGCCGUUUACUCGACAAGCGGAAGCUCUUGUCCAAGCUUGCAAAGAAAUGCUUGAUGGUUAUUCUGGUUAUCUAACGGGAUUAGAAAAUAAAAUAAUGCUUGUCCAACAACGUGCCAUCGAACAGGUUGAUAUUGAUUCAUCCUGGAUGGGGGGACCUGAUGAUGAUAAUUAUACCACUGUUGAGCAUGACUUUAGAGAAAGUCGUACUAACUCACCAAAGCCGUACGAUCCAUUUAAAAAAUCCGGUAUUGAUGACUUUGACUUUGUUGAUGUUGAGGGUGACGUUGAUCCCGGUGAAGGAACGUCUAGGGGUCCAAAUACCAAAAAGAAAGACGUAUUGGAAGAAGAUCUUCAAUUUUCCAGUGAAGAUGAUUUUGAUGAAGUUCCAUUUGUCUCUGAAGAUCAUCGUGAGCCUGGAGAUUUGGAGUCAAUAGAGCUUGGUGAAAUGAGAGUAGGUCCAGAAGGCCCUGCUGAUGAUGACAGUCAGCAGGUUGCCGAAGCAAUGGUUCAGUUGGGAAAUGUCAGAUAUUACGUCGACGAACAGCAAUAUAUUCAGCAAGAUGAAAGUAUGGAUGUAGAUCCUAAUUAUGAUCCAUCGGAUUUUUUACUGGCGGGUUUACCACCACGAGCUGAAAAAGUUGAAGUUGACAAGAUACAAGACGACUUGGCAGUAUCUGAGAGUGAAGAUGAAAUAGAAACUGUAGACGAGCCGCUGAAACAAGAACAAGAAAAUCAACAGCCAAAUCCAUCAGAAGAUGAUGUUGCAGGUUCCCAGGCUAAUAGACAAUCGAUUUUGAUCAGAUCAAUUAGUCUUAGUCUUGUAUGUGCCUCUGAGCGCGAUGAUUAAAUAAAUGGCAAUGGAAAACUAAUGCAGGUGCGUUUAAUUAACAACAUUGAAGUAUGUAACAAGAGAUUUAAACGAUCAUAAAUAUGUGUGAGUCAAC